AUGGCUCAGACAUGGGCAGUUCUGGCUGCAUUUCUUCUCUUGCUGAUAAAUCUGGUUGAAGGGACAGCUUAUGACGUGGUGAGUGUGGAGGCUGGUCAUGAGGCUGUGUUGAGUUGCCCUUACGUCUCCAAAGUGUCUUUGCUCAUGGUGAUAUGGAAGAGAAAAUGCAGCACUUGCUGCUUGUUGGCCUAUAGAAGUGAUCGCAAUGAGACGAGGAAGUUAAACUGCAGUGAGAGGAUGACAUGGAAAUACUCACCUGACAGUGACCCUGCUCUUCGUAUUUACCCUGUGAGCCUUGGUGAUGAGGGAAAUUACACCUGUGAAAUCAUCAACAGUGCAGGGAAUUUUCUUUUUUUCUCCUUUCUGACUGUGAUAGUCCCUCCCACAGUGACUCUGACCUUUAAUAAGAGCACAGGGGCUGUUUGUCAAGCAUCUGCUGGAAAGCCAGCUGCUGACAUCUUCUGGCUUCCUCCAAGCAAUCACAGCACCAGUGAAGAAGUCCAUCACCCCAAUGGGACAGUGACCAGACUGAGCUGGGCCAACAGCAAGCUUUCCACUGUCACCUGCCUGGUUACCCACCCAGCUACAAACCAGAGCCUGUCCCUAGACUUGCCAGGUAAUUCCCCCAGGCUUGACUUUUUCCUGCUAGGAGGAUUUGCAAGUGUUGCUGUUGUCAGUGGUGUGGCUUUAUGCUUGUUUUGUAGCUGCAGAGGUAAGUCAUUUGAUGAUCCUGAAACGUACUACAAUUCCUUUGCUGACUAUGUGCAGACUAAGAACUUCAGAUCCACACCAUCAUGGCUGAAAACAGAAGCAGUCAAGCCUCCUGUCUUAUCAGAGAGUAUCUACCAGAAUUACAGUUCAAGAAUGGUGUAUAUGAACUGUUGA